AAGUUUUAUUUUACAAAUAAAUUAUAACUAAGACUUUGAUGCGAUUUUCAACGAUUGUAUCGCGGUAAUAUCUGUAUCUGGUAGCACAGAAGCACGAUACUAUACCAAUUUUUUAAAUUACCUUUGCAUUCAUAUUUUAUUAUUCUUAAUUUUAUCAUUAAUGUUGCUUUUUCAAGUAUUGCGUUGUCGCAUUGGAGUUCAGUUUGUUUGUUUUAAAGUAAUUUGCAAGUAUUGUCAAUAUGGCCGUCCGUCAUAUGUGUCAUAUGUGUCGAAAUAUCUAACAAUAGUAACUCGAUGAGUUCUAUCGAUCCAAAUUAAGACAGAAUCUACUGUAUUGAUUUAUCUACAUGGUAAUAUCGAUACCAAAGCUUAGUGAUAGCUAUUCGUAAGAAGUAUGAAAUGUUUUUACCGUUACUCCGAUACAAUAUGGUAAUGGACCGAUCGAGAAUUCGGUUUGUUUGUAAUCUGCCUAGGCAUAUUGUAGUCAGUAAAUUGUCAAGUCAGAAAAAUAAAAAUAUUCGGGUAGAUACAAAUAUGUCAAUGUGAUGAAGAGAAGUGCAACCGUUAAAUUGACUAUGUUAACUUAAGCAAAAUGGAUAUUACAGAAAGGUUUAAAUUGCAUAAUUUAAUAGUUCUACGGACAAUAGGCAAGGGCACGUAUGGAAAUGUUUACUUAUGUGAAAAACAAAAUAAAAAGUCCUUAGCUGUAGUGAAGGAUAUUGAACUAAAUACGAAAUUACAAAACCACAAUAAGGAAAUAGCCAAUGAAAUUAAAAUUUUAGCAACAAUGAACCAUCCCAAUAUAAUUAAAUUUUAUAAUUGUUAUUACGAAGAAAAACACGUUAUGAUUUGUAUGGAAUAUGCGACAAAAGGAAACUUAGCAGAAUACAUGUUUGAACGAUGUCCGAAUUUAAUCAAACAGACGGAAAUUCUAUUUUAUUUUAGUCAAGUCCUUUUGGGAGUACGCUACAUACACAAUUUAGAUAUAAUCCACAGAGAUUUGAAAGCAGAAAAUAUCUUACUAACUGGAACACAUGGUGUUAUUGUUAAAAUUGGAGACUUCGGAAUUUCAAAGAUGUUGGCUAGUGCAAAGAAAACUUCAACAGUGAUUGGCACUCCUUAUUAUCUAGCACCUGAACUUUGCGAGGGUAAACCGUAUGACACCAAAAGCGACGUGUGGGCGCUUGGGUGUCUGUUAUAUGAAAUGUGCACACACAAGCGGGCUUUUGAUUCGGAGUCACUAGUGGGAUUGGUGAAGGUGAUAACAAGUGGGAACGUCCAUCCAAUUGACAUGACAGUUUAUGAUAGAGGUCUCCAAGACCUCGUAGACUCGAUGCUGUCGGUGAUACCAGAGAAGCGGCCGACGAUAAAGGAACUAUUAGGCAGACCCAUCCUUCUACCUACAGUGUAUACAGUUUAUUUGGAUGCUGGAAAUGAUGAACUGUUGUAUUCGAAAUUUUGUAAAUGUUUUUAAAUCUAUUUUAAGAAUUUUUAAUGACUAGUAUAAUGACAUUAAGGUACAAAUUAUGGACAGUAAAAUGAUGAUACAAUUAAAUAAAACAUAAGAUA